AUGUUGCGCACAAAGAUCGAGAAGUUGUCCUGUCUGUUGGGCCGCGGUCUGUCGAAGUUGGGGUCCGGGGUGUUUUCUGCCUCGCUGCCGUCGUCAUUUGCUGCUUCCUCCUCCUCGUCUUCACUAUUGUCUUCGUGCGCUGACUGCUCUUCGUCCUCAGACUCCUCUCCCCCACUCUCGGCCUCAGACUGCUCCUCCUCACUCUCACUCUCACUCUCACUCUCCUGCUCCCGCUGGAAGUCCUCCCACUUGCUCUUGUCGAUCGCAAAGUCAACAGCCACCUCUCUGCCCUGGAUCUUGAGCCCGGCAGACUCCUGCACAGCCUUUGCUGCUGCAGAGUGGCGCAUCAUCGUCACAAACCCAAACCCGGUCAUUCUGCCCCCCUUCUUGCGAGGGAUGUGCGCCUCCUUCACCUUGCCGUACUUCAGAAACUCCUUCACCAGGUCGUUCGGCUCCCGCACAGACCACGGCAGGUUUCUCACAAUCAGCUUGGCGCUCUUCUUCAUCGCCACCUCCUGCGACUUGGCCCGUGGCUCCACCGUCUCCUUUGCAGCCUUGUCCUUUCUCACUCUGCGCUUUGCAAUAGAAACCUUGAGCAGUCUGUCCUUGAACUUGUUUUUCUUCGAGUCCUUCAAGGCAUUCAGUGCGUCCUCGUCGGUAACAAACGAAACAAACCCAAAUCCACGGCUCUUUCCCUCGCUGUCGUUCACAAUCACAGAGUGUCGCACCGGAGCGAACUGCGAAAAGAAGUCGUUUAACUCCUCGUUCGUUCCACUUGGCGCCACGUUCUGCACAAACAGCGUUCUUCUGUCUAAUCCAUCCUCACUGGACGUUGAUCCAGGCCGUUCAGACAUCCUCAAACUGUUUAGGACCGUUCCUGCAAAAUCUAUCUAG